UCGCUAAUAGAAAAGAGAGACUGUGUGUAAAGUUGUGAUGACUUCCAGUACCAUGCCUCGGUCGUUACGGAUCUCCACAGUGUACCUGUUACUGGGUAUGCUACUGCUGAUGAUGGUGGGAGUCAGUGAGGCUGUGGACGCUUGUGACGUCUGUGACUGCAGCGAUCCUACCAACAUCGACUGUCAGGACUUAGAACUGACGGAAGUGCCGACCAAUUUUCCACGGGAAGCGCAGUCAGUAAUAUUGAGCAACAAUAGGAUAUCUAGGGUACCGUUAAACGCCUUUGUCGACUUGGGAGAUCUAGUCUUUUUAUACUUACAUUCAAACGCUCUCACAAACCUGGAGGAAGGAACUUUUGACAACAUUCCUAAUUUAAUUGAAGUAUACAUGAGGGACAAUCCGUUCCAGUGCGACUGUAACUUACAGUGGCUAGCGAGCUGGGUUCAGGACGGGAGCGGACGGGACAUUCUGAAGGACAACCCGCAGUGUCUGUCACCAGAUAGCCUGAACGGACAGAGCCUGACCAGCGUUAACGUGUGGGACAUGGUCUGUCCUACCACCACCCCACCUCCUGUCACUGAGGCGACCACAGAAGCCCCGGCCACGCCUGCGCUGGCCACCUGGUGUCCGGAGGAAGAGAGUGUCCUGGUCAGCUGGCCCAGGACCUACAUCGACACACAAGCUCGGGUGGCCUGUCCGGAGGGAGACGGGACCGCCAUUAGGGACUGUGUCUGGAUCUUUGGAGAAGGAGCCUCCUGGGGCACACCGAACAUGACAACCUGCUUCUCCAACAGGGUGACCCAGCGUUUGAGUGAGCUGGCGUACUUGCAACCGGAAAGAGUACUGGACAGUAUAGACGAGCUACAGACGUGGACGUCCUGGUCUGACCAGUUCACGCUGGUGGACACUGUCCUGGCCGCUAAGACCCUGUCCAGUAUCUCCGCUGCCCAGUCCCUGGACACCCAACAGUGCUCCACCACUCUCCAGUGUAUCAGCAACCUCAUGCAGGCAGACGAGGCACUGCUACUGGAGGCACAACGGAUGUAUAACUCCGUAUCAAUGCUCAUGAGCGUGAUGGAGCCAGUAACCUUCAACACGAUGUUUGACGGUGACACAUUCGUCACGACAGCGGGAGAUAUCGCCAUAGGUCUGGGGGUGUUCCAGACGGUACGGUUCCCCGGCGCCGCCUUCGUCAAACAGUCAACGGACGACAGGCGGUCUUACCAGUCUGAUCAGGAAUUUGAGAUCUUUUUGAACGAUGUGUCCAGCGAAGAUUUAGGAGGCUUCAGUUCGAUAAAGCUUCCCACGACUCUCCUGGACAGGGUGAUCCUGUCAGAACCACCGACCGUGCAGUUCACGUUCUACAGAAGUGGCAGAAUGUUCGACCUUGUGAGCCAGGCGGAUGGGAACUCUUCCUUCAGUAUGAUGAAGCUUCAGGUUCCCAUCAUCUCGGCCACGGUGGGAGGGAUGCACGUGUCCAACCUGUACCAUCCCGUACAGGUCAACUUCCGCAGACUCAUAACGGGCACUCCAAUAUGUGUGUUCUGGGACACGUCAGCAACUGACUGGUCAAGAGAAGGAUGUAGACUGGCGAGUGACCAACAUGACAUCAUUACCUGCGAGUGCAAUCAUCUCACCAACUUUGCCGUCCUCAUGGAUAUCUAUGGUAACAUAGACAACAUAUCGGACGCAGAUCUGACAGCCUUAAUGAUAAUCUCUUACGUGGGAUGUGCCAUCUCCAUGUUCGGGAUAGCUGCGACUCUACUCACCUACUCUCUCUUCAGGAAGCUCCGGAGAGACAACCCCACCAAGAUCCUGAUGAACCUGUGUCUCGCACUGCUCCUGGCCAUCCUCUUCUUCGUCUGUUCUGGGCCUGCGCACAACAGCGGCAGCCGAGGCGCAUGCGUGACUGUGGCAGUGCUGCUGCACUACUUCCUGUUGACCUCCAUGGCGUGGAUGGGGCUGGAGGCGCUCAACCUGUACCUCGCCAUCAUGAAGGUCUUCAACACGUACUACAGGCACUUCAUGCUCAAGUUCUGCAUCGCUGGCUGGGGUAGUCCGGCUGUUAUUGUUGCCAUUACUUUGGCGGUUAACGUCGAGAACUACACCCAGUAUGGAGGGAUUUGCUGGCUCCAGCCUAACGCGUUCUACGGAGCGUUCCUGGCGCCGGUGUGCCUGGUCCUCCUGCUGAACUGUGUCAUGUUCGGGCUGGUCAUCCGACAGCUGGUGGGAGGGGCAGCUAACGAGUUCAAGAAGGCCGACAAAGUGGAGACAACGACGAAGCUAAGGGGUGCGAUUGGACUGGUCAUCCUCUUAGGACUAACUUGGGUGCUGGCCAUCUUCGCUAUAGCUGAAGCUAGUCUCACAUUCAGCUACCUGUUUGCCAUCGUCAACUCUCUUCAAGGGAUGUUCAUCUUCGUGUUCCACUGUGUUCUGAAGAAGGACGUCCAGAACCAUUGGAUGACGAUACUGCCAUGUGGGCCUAAAGGCAGACCUGGGACUCCUGGAAGUGCAUGGACGGGGUCCAAGUCCAUGUCUACUCCAAGCCAGCUGCACAGAAGUUCCCGUGUGUCUGACAUCAACAUUAAAGCCUUCCAUGCCAUGACAAUAGAGGAUGCAGAUGACUUCAACUCCAUAGGUCAGGGUGGUUCAGACAAUGCUGAUGACGUGUCGGACAGUGGUUCCAGGCCGACCACUGCGUCUGGCAUCCGGCUGGACACGUCUUUCCGCACCGUAGACUUCCAGGCGUACACUCAUCCGCCAAUCACAGACUACUGCAACCCUCCCUCCCCCAUCCCCGAAGCCUCGCGAGAAUGCUCAGACGAGAGCACGUCGGUGUACGAUAUAGAAACGAUAAACGACAUCUCAGAAGCUUAGGUCUUUUGUAUAGGCUGCAGUGCAGGCGACUUUUACCAGUUUCAUUUGGAAUUCACAAAAAUAUAAAUUAAGUACCAUGU